AUGGCCACAGAAAAUUCUACAGUGGUUACAGAGUUCCUCCUUUUAGGACUGACAGAUCAUGCAGAAUUGAAAGUGCUUCUCUUUAUUCUUUUCCUGAUAAUAUAUAUAAUUUCUUUGGUGGGAAAUGUGGGUAUGAUUGUAUUAAUUCGAAUCUCCCCUAAGCUUCACACUCCUAUGUAUUUUUUUCUGAGUUGUCUCUCGUUAGUUGAUGCUUGUUAUUGUUUUGUCUUUGGACCUGAAAUGCUUCUGAAUUUCUUUGAGGAGAAGGCAACUAUAUCAUUUGCUGCUUGUAUAUUACAAUACUUUGUAUUUGCAGAACUUAUUACCACUGAAGGUUUUUUCUUAGCAGUGAUGGCAUUUGAUAGGUAUAUGGCGAUUGCUAAUCCAUUACUUUACAUGGUGGUCAUGACUAAAAAAGUGUGUGCCAUUCUGGUCAUUGGAUCAUGUAUAGGAGGAAUCAUUAAUUCAUUGACCCAUACAAUUGGAUUAGUCAGAUUGUCUUACUGUGGACCAAAUGUAAUCAGCCAUUUCUUCUGUGAUGUGCCCCCACUGUUGGAGCUUUCGUGCUCUGACACUUCUGGAAAUGAAUUGUUGCUCCUGAUAUUCUCAGGUGUAAUUGCUAUAAUGACCUUCUUAACAGUGAUCAUCUCUUAUAUCUUCAUUGUUGUUGCCAUCCUCAGGAUCCGCUCAGCAGCUGGUACACGUAAAGCCUUCUCCACCUGUGCUUCCCACCUGACAGCUGUGACUUUGUUCUAUGGGUCUGUAAGCUUUAGCUACAUUCAGCCAAGUUCACAGUAUUCCAUGGAUCAAGAGAAAGUUGUUUCAGUAUUUUAUACUAUCGUAAUCCCAAUGCUUAACCCAUUGAUUUAUAGCCUAAGAAACAAGGAAGUCAAAGAUGCUGUGAAAAGGGCAAUAGAAUUGAAACCAUCUUUUUGUUAA